AUGGACUGUGAUAACUCAAAUAAGGGUUCUUAUGCUUGGAAGAGCCUCUGCCAAGCGAGACAUGUCAUAGAGCUGGGUUCGGUCUGGAGAGUUGGUGAUGGUCAGUCUAUACAGAUUCGAAGGGAUAGGUGGUUGCCAAAAACUUCAUGUUCUAGAAUAGUUUCUCCCCUAUCAGUUCUGCCCCUUGAAUCUAGAGUUUGUGAUCUAAUUAAUGCCGAGACACACACCUGGAAGGUCGAUUUGGUUAAGCAAGUCUUCAUCCCUCAGGAAGCUAGUAUUAUUCUCGGCAUCCCACUGAGUUUCCAGGGUGCUGCAGAUAAGCAGGUUUGGCUCCCUACCCCUCAAGGUACCUUCUCAACUCGUAGUGCCUAUAAACUUCUUUCUGGUGUGAGCAGACAGGUGCUGCCAUCUUGCUCAAGUCUUGAUCGUAACCACUUGAUGUGGAAUAGCAUAUGGAAUUUACAAGUUCCACACAAAGUCAAGCACAUGAUUUGGCGGGCUACACAUAAUGCUCUCCCUUCUCUCUAUAAUCUUUGGCGAAGAAAUGUGGUUAGAUCAGUUCUUUGCCCCAGUUGUAAAUCUGACAGUGAAGACAUUGUGCAUGUUUUAUGGAGUUGUGUUUCCCUUAUUCCCAUUUGGGAGUCAAAUGAAGUGACAACAAAACUACUCAAGUACAAGUUUUUCUUGUUUGCUGAUUUGUGGGAGAUGUUAUUGAAGAUGAAGGAAAGGUUAGAUGUAAAUCUUAUGGCCAUGAUUUUCUGGUUUAUCUAG